AUGAGAGCUGGUGCUAUGGUUUCACUCAAGUUGAUGUUCGUAAUGGCGUUAUUAAUUGUAAUAACAUCGUAUGUGGUUCUUUCUAAAUACAUGUACAUCUCGCCAAGCAUGCUCAGCGAUACAUCUGGCAACAACGAACAGUAUAAUCCAGCAAUCAAUAUUUCUUCAUCUAAAAACAUCCCACCAUUCAAUCAGCAUUCAAGCAUCCUGUCACAUUUAUUGACAGGGCACUGGAAAACACGACCUCUUACGAAAAAGGAAGACGAACAAAUAUCGAAAUUUCUUUCUGACACAAAUGCCCGAUACCGGUUCCCUACGAAUUAUCAAAGGACUGACGGUCUCUGUGGAAAUGUUACCCACAUCAAAUCUAAAGCUGCUGAGUGGAUAAGGGCCUUGUGUGAUCCGAAAGGAACAACUCCUUGCUGCUUCAACAACAAAUGUGCUUUGAAGUCUGUGGAGGAAUGCGUGUGUCCUGAUUGUUAUGAUAUGAGGAACCAGAAACAUGCUGAAUAUUCCACCUGGAUACCAUCAGACACGAAAUACGUCUACAAGGAACACAGCCCCCAAGAAGCUUGUAGCAUCCUCAACGGUAGCACGAUUCUGUUUGUUGGGGAUUCUCUUGUUCGUCAUGUGUACACAGCUAUGCUGCUUAUUGUCACAGGAAAUAUGAAAGAUGGAGCUAUGAAGGAUGAUGUACCACAGAAUAUUAGAAACACGUGUACCGGAAUGUACAUGUUCACAGAAAAAGUAUGUCGACUGCAUCUGAAGUUUGGGCUUCGUGCUUGCAAUGGCACAGUUAACCUGGAACUUAAAUACUUCUUCUAUGCCAGUUAUGGCCCACAGUUGAAACAAAGUGUUGAGAAAUUAAAUAGCAAGUCAUUACUUUUUACUGGCAUCGGUAUUCACAGUCAUUAUGAGCAUAAAGUCAUUCAAAAGAAGUUUUUGUUACCAACACUCAAGUACAUAGAGAACAAUACGAUACCUUGGCCAAAAGUUAUGUGGGCAGCUAGUCAUGCCCCUGGUACCAUGAAGUCCCCGAUGGUGUCGUCCCAGUCUUAUGGCAGUGUGAAACGCUUCAAUGACAACAUGGAUCCUUUCCUCAGAUCUUGGAAAAUUCCUGUUUUCAAUACCUUUACCAUGACCGAUGGAAUGGCGAGUUUUGAUGGUGAGCACUACGGACUUGGGAUGAAUGUAGUGAAAGCAAAUCUACUUCUGAGUUACCUAAAUGAAUUGAAAAAUAGGGGAUUGUGGUGA